CGGUUCAUUUUUAUUUUGUUUCGGUUGCUGUUCGCUUGUUUCGUGACUCGUUCGAUAAUUGCGUUCCCACAAAAUAUAAAACAAAUAAAAGAAAGAAUGCUAUUCAACUUGUAUUGAACGUUUUGCGAAUUACACAGAAAUUUAUUUUUUUAGCGAGCAUGCAGUCCAUUAAAACAGCGGAUUUACCGGAGAAUCCGCGAGAGAACACCAAUUUUAUAUCAGCAGCAUGUUUUUGGUAUACGUUACCCACAUUUUUAAAGGGACGCAAACGAAUGCUGGAAACCACCGAUCUCUAUAAAGCUUUGAAGGAACAUAAGUCAGCAACUCUUGGUGAUAAAUUAAGUGCUGCCUGGGAGUUGGAAUUGGACAAGAAACAAAAGAAUGCCAAGAAGGAACCGAAACUGCUGCGUGCGCUCUGGCGAGUCUUUGGCUGGUACUUUGCUUUACUUGGACUAGUGCUGUUUGUGCUGGAGCUGGGUCUGCGCACACUGCAGCCGCUGUGUCUAUUAAAGCUCAUUGCCUAUUUCACACAUGGCACUGGCGGCGUGGAGUCUGCCUACUAUUAUGCCGCAGGAGUUGUGGCAUGCAGCGCCUUGAAUGUGAUCAUAAUGCAUCCAUAUAUGCUGGGCACAAUGCAUGUGGGCAUGAAAAUGCGAGUGGGCCUAUGCAGCAUUAUUUAUCGCAAGUCCUUGAAAUUGAGCAAAACUGCGCUGGGUGAUACGACAGCUGGACAUAUAGUGAAUCUCAUGUCGAAUGAUGUGGGCAGACUGGACUUGGCUACGAUAUUUGUGCAUUACCUGUGGGUUGGACCCUUGGAGACGCUGUUUAUAACAUACCUCAUGUAUUUGGAAAUUGGCAUUGCUGCUGUGUUUGGCGUAGCAUUUAUGUUGCUGUUUAUUCCGCUCCAGGGCUGGCUGGGCAAGAAGACCUCACAGCUGCGACUACGCACAGCGUUGCGCACAGAUGAACGUGUUCGAAUGAUGAACGAAAUUAUCGCUGGCAUACAGGUGAUCAAAAUGUAUGCCUGGGAGAUACCAUUCGAGCAGCUUGUGGAGUUUGCACGUAAAAAGGAAAUCAAUGCCAUCAGACAUGUGAGCUAUAUACGCGGCAUACUAUUAUCGUUUAUAGUAUUUCUCACCCGCGUCUCCAUCUUUCUGAGUCUGGUGGGCUAUGUGCUGUUGGGCGCGUUUCUCACGCCCGAAGUGGCCUUUGUUAUCACAGCCUAUUACAACAUAUUGCGCACUACCAUGACCGUGUUCUUUCCGCAAGGCAUCUCCCAAAUGGCCGAGGCUAUGAUCUCUAUAAAGCGCGUGCAAAAGUAUUUGCUGUAUGAGGAAACCGAUGUGGGUGAUAAAUCGCUGGAUAAGUCCUUGUCAGCUACUGGCAGCCAGCUCACCACAGUGCAUUCGCAUAUAGAAAGCUUAAAGAGCGAUGAGGCUGAGGAGAAACUGUUGACGCCUACGGCGCUGCCGCAAAUCAAUGAGAAUGCCAUACUGUCGGAGGCGAAGAUAUCUAUAAGCAAUCUUAAGGCUAAAUGGGAUGUCAACUCACCGGAUUAUACACUCAAUGGCGUUAAUCUGCGCGUGCAGCCUGGCACCUUGUUGGGCAUUGUAGGACGUACGGGCGCUGGCAAAUCGAGCUUAAUACAAGCUAUUCUGGGUGAGCUACGCGCUGAGUCCGGCGAGAUACGUGUCAAUGGCAGCGUGUCCUAUGCCUCGCAGGAGCCUUGGCUCUUCACUGGCACUGUGCGGCAGAAUAUACUUUUUGGACAGCCCAUGGAUAAGCGGCGUUAUGGCUUGGUGGUCAAGAACUGUGCGCUGGAGCGCGAUUUUGAGCUGUUGCCCUACGGCGACAAGACGAUUGUGGGCGAACGCGGCGCCUCUCUGUCUGGUGGCCAAAAGGCGCGCAUUAGCUUAGCGCGUGCAGUUUAUCGCGAGUCGGCUAUUUAUCUGCUGGACGAUCCACUGAGUGCUGUGGACACGCAUGUGGCGCGGCAUCUGUUUGAGAAAUGCAUGCGCGGCUAUUUGCGCGAUCGCAUUGUCAUACUUGUGACACAUCAGCUGCAGUUUUUGCAGCAUGCCGAUCAAAUGAUUAUCUUGGACAAGGGUCAGGUUAGCGCUGUGGGCAGCUACGAAUCAUUGCGUGAAUCCGGUCUGGACUUUGCCAGCAUGCUGGCUGAGGAGCGUGAUGAGAAUGGCGAUGAGCGUUCACGUUCGCGUUCGGGCAGUCAGAGCGGACAUGGCGAUCAGCGACGCAACAGCGAACAGUCACUGUUAUCCUUGGCCGACUCUUGCCUAGAGGAGACUACAGCAGCGGCACAAAUGCAUGUGCAGGAGUCACAGGAGCAAGGCAACAUUGGCCUGGGCUUGUAUAACAAAUACUUUAAGGCUGGUGGUGGUUUCUUUGCCUUCUUUGUGAUGAUGGCUUUUUGCAUGUUGUCACAGCUAAUGGCCUCAAUGGGCGACUACUUCUUGUCUUACUGGGUGGCCAAGAAAGGAAGCGAGCAGGUCAGUACUAAUGUUAGCCACAACAACACCUUUGUGGCAAACACUAUUACCAACGACACCAGCACAACUGUUGCACCACCCGCACUGGAAUCCCAACUCGUCACUUGGCUACAUCAAUUGGGCUGGCCUGUUGAUGCUGAAAUGCUCGACACCUAUAUCUUUACUGCAAUCACAAUAACAACUGUAGCAGUGACGCUGGCGCGCUCAUUUUUGUUCUUCAACCUUGCCAUGAAAGCUUCCAUUCGGCUGCACAAUGCCAUGUUCAGAGGCAUUACACGUGCUGCCAUGUAUUUCUUCAAUACGAAUCCCUCGGGCCGCAUACUCAAUCGUUUCUCGAAGGAUAUGGGUCAGGUGGAUGAGAUACUGCCCGCUGUUAUGAUGGAUGUUAUUCAGAUCUUUCUAGCGCUCUUUGGCAUUGUGCUGGUCAUAGCUGUGGUUAAUCCCUUGCUGUUGUUGCCCACCUUCUUACUUGGAAUCAUUUUCUAUUGGCUGCGCACAUUUUAUUUGAAGACCUCGCGUGACGUCAAGCGACUGGAGGCCAUCACACGUUCGCCGAUUUAUUCGCAUAUGGCAGCCUCGUUGAAUGGACUAUCUACGAUACGCGCUUUUGGCGCCCAACAAGUGCUGGUCACUGAGUUUGAUAAUCAUCAGGAUCUGCAUAGCUCCGCUUUCUAUAUGUUCAUAAGCACUUCACGCGCCUUUGGCUAUUGGCUGGACUGCUUCUGUGUGAUCUAUAUAGGCAUUAUAACGCUUAGCUUCUUCUUCUUCCCACCUGCCAAUGGCGGUGAAGUGGGUUUGGCCAUUACCCAAGCCAUGGGCAUGACCGGCAUGGUGCAGUGGGGCAUGCGUCAGUCGGCGGAGCUGGAGAAUACCAUGACGGCAGUGGAGCGUGUGGUGGAAUACGAGGAUAUAGAGCCGGAAGGCGUUCUGGAAGCUGAGCCGGACAAGAAACCGCCGAAGAGCUGGCCAGAGCAGGGCAAGAUUGCUUUCGAAGAGCUAAGUCUGCGCUAUUUUCCAGAUCCCAAGUCGGAAAAUGUACUUAAAUCGCUUAACUUUGUUAUCAAAGCACGCGAAAAAGUUGGCAUUGUGGGCCGCACAGGCGCCGGCAAAUCCUCACUGAUCAAUGCGCUCUUCCGACUUUCUUAUACAGACGGCUCUAUCCUAAUUGAUAAGCGUGAUACACAGCAAAUGGGAUUGCACGACUUACGCAGUAAGAUUUCCAUUAUACCGCAGGAGCCUGUGCUGUUUUCUGGCACUAUGCGCUACAAUCUUGAUCCCUUCGAUGAGUUACAAAUAUUUUUAGUUAUUUUUAAUAGACAUUUUAGCUCAAAGAUUGUUGCUGACUUGCCCAGUGGACUGCAGAGCAAGAUAACGGAAGGUGGCACCAACUUUAGUGUGGGUCAACGCCAGCUGGUUUGCCUAGCGCGUGCUAUUCUGCGCGAGAAUCGUGUGCUGGUGAUGGAUGAGGCCACAGCUAAUGUUGAUCCUCAAACGGACGCGCUUAUACAAACAACUAUCAGGAAUAAGUUCAAGGAUUGUACGGUCCUCACCAUAGCUCAUCGCUUGCAUACAAUUAUGGACUCGGACAAAGUGCUCGUCAUGGAUGCUGGCAAGGUGGUGGAGUUUGGUACACCCUACGAGCUCCUAACUAGCGCCGAGACGCGCGUUUUUCACGAUAUGGUCAAGCAAACUGGCAAAACUACUUCCGAGAAUCUGCUGCUAGUUGCCAAGAAGGCAUUUGAAUCCACGCAGAAUCCUUUGCAGUUAUCAUCGUAAGGAUAACUAUAAAUGUAGCAUAGUUUUAGUUUAUUACGGCUUGCAGGCCUCGAAUGUAAAUAAGUUCAAUCCACUUGCAAAUAAUGCUACAAAACUAUUUUCAUAAUUUUUAUAUGUACUUAUUGUAUGUUCUUAUGUAUUAACUAUGUAAUUAAUCACUGAUUUUGUUUAACAAUAUGUCUGUUAAGUUAGUAUGCCAAGUGCCUAAAAUGAAGAAACUUAGUGCCUUACAAAAUAAAAGUGUGCGUCCAACUUA